AUGGGAAAGGAUCAAUGCUCGAACACAGUACCACCACGCAGCCCUUGUUCCGAUCCAGCAGAAACCGUGAAGGCCAGGGACCUGGAUACCACUGCGCAGCUUCCGGCCUCCGAAUCAGGUAUUGCCUCAGAGAACGAAGAAGUGCAGACAUGUAGCGCUUGCAAAGGAACGCUCCAGCGUGUCGCGACGAAAGAAGACAUUUGCAGUCAGGAUACCAAGUGCAGGACGACGCCGAGUGAACACCUGAGCUCCCUUCGGACAAUUAGUGAUGGAGUUGAUGAGCUGGCCGCAACAGUCAAUGAUUUGCUUGGUCUUUCCGAUUCAGAUGAAGUGUAUACCGAUUGCAGUUCUGAAUCCGACGGUCGAAGCAGGUUCUCGUGGAGAAGGUUCAAGUCCCGUGCAAAAAAACGUCGAAAGCAAAGGCGGCAAUUGAGGAACGCAAAGGGAAGUGGCGACUCUGGGGCUGCCAAAGAUGGCACGGACGUAGGUGAUGAAAGCGCGAGGAAAUCUCGAGAAAUCAUACCUGAGCUAAGGUAUUGCAACUUCGAACAAUUCCAAUCACGACCUGCGGGAGACGAUCAGAAGUUACCCUGCGUCGAUGUCCUGAUCGCAGAUGAUUCUCUCGACGAUGAAGUCCGAGACUUCUCAAAGCUCAUUGAAAAGAUGAAAGCAGGUACAAUCAAAUCCUGGACGCCAAGUCGGGCAGCGACGCUGCCCGAAGACGCAACCCCUGAUCAUAGCACUAAGAAAUGGAUUCGGCGCAUAAGAAUCAACUCUCAAGCUGUGAUGGAACUAGUAAAUCACGUUUGUUUCGAAGAUGAUGAAAUCACGAGUCAGCCAAUGGUCUUUUUCCGACCUUUCCAGGUCCUGGUGUUCCGGUACAAAGACAUGCAAGAGCAACUAACAAGGAUUCAAAAACUUGCAUCAGAGGGUGGUGGUUUUGGAACGAACCAUUUAGGCUCUGAAGAGCCUAAGGACUCAAGCAUCACCGAGAACGGAGACUGGGAAAGCAAAGUGAAGAAAUUGCGCGAAGAAAAGGGUGCUCUUGACGAGCUGCAGUGUUUCUUGGGCUUCAUGGAGAGUCGCAUCAUGCCUGAUUCACGUCGGUAUAGGGAUUCUUUGUCUCCCCCACCCCGAACGAUUCGGUACGAAGAUUUGUGGUACCUGUUCAAACCCGGAGAUCUGGUCUAUGUUUCUCGCGACAUGUGGAAACACCAGAAUUCUCGGCGCAGAAUGCCUUCACAGCAAAUCUUACGAGUAGUGGAAACUCACCUCACCAACACGUCUUUGCAAAUGUCGCCACAGGGAUUUACUUUGGAAAACCCUUGGUCCUUAAUUUGCCACUUCUAUGAGUAUGAUGGUACGACCUACAUGCCCCAGUCAUUAAUCUUCGACCCUUUCUUGCCAUUCCGCGGCAAGAAGAGGGUGACAGAAUUGAUGUUAUACCCAGUGUCAUACUUGGAAGAUGACAAGAUAAUGGCACAAGCGCAAACAGGCGGUCAGACAUAUGUCGAUCUCAUUGAACGACGGUCGGGAUUCUACAGUGGCUGGACGGAGACACUAAACCCACGUGGUCAACCACUCACGGAUGAGUCUUCAGAAGGUCGGUUAUUGGGCCCGAAGCACAUUGAAAGCGAGAUACUGGUCGACUAUCAAGAGACGUUCAAUGCUUUUCCGACUUGGAGGGUGCUGCCGUACCCGGGGAUUGGCGGUGAUCAACUAACGCGCACCGGCUUCUACUUGUUCGAAAGCGAGGACCAACCUCUGGUCGAAUUGGACGAAGUGGGAGUUGCAACGUAUGAGAAAUUCGACCAAUGUCUCGCAAGAGAUAUGACGGAAUUUACCGAAUCGAGAACCUUUAUGGAAAAGGAUUUGUUUGUGAGAUUCAGUCGGGAUAGCACAGCAGCCCCAUCUGGACAUAUACUGGCAUUACUCCCAAGACGCUUUUUUGCAUACGCUGUUCUCGAACGUCGAUUUUUGCAACUUGAUACCCGCUUCGUACGAAAUGCAGAUCUUGAAACUAACGACAAAGCCUUCGAGAAGCUCGAAAUCAACCCGAAGUACAAGAGGCUAAUUCUCGCGCUCGUAAAGUCGCACUUCGACAAGGUCGAGACAGAAAAGAGGACCAAUGUCGAAAUAGAAACACAAGACUUGAUUCGAGGCAAAGGAAAAGGCGUCGUCAUUCUGCUACAUGGUGUUCCGGGCGUUGGGAAGACCGCGACGGCAGAAGCAGUCGCUCUCAAGUGGAAAAAGCCUCUAUUCCCAAUCACUUGUGGGGAUCUGGGGUACACAGCCGAAAAGUUAGAACGUUCCCUGCACGAUAUCUUUCGACUAGCACAUCAUUGGGGCUGUAUCCUUCUGCUCGAUGAAGCCGACGUCUUCAUUACCCAAAGGGAGAGGCAUGAUUUGAAAAGAAAUGCUCUAGUCUCGGCAUUUCUCAGGGUCUUGGAGUACUACAACGGGAUAAUCUUUCUCACGACUAAUCGAGCAGGUGUUCUGGACGAAGCCAUCAAGUCGAGAGUGCACUUGAACCUUCAUUACGGCCAUCUCGAUGAGGAGCAGACAGUGGCCAUCUUCAAGCAACAUAUCCUUCGUCUCAGGGACAUUGAAAAGCAGAGGAAUACGGACAAAAGCGAACAAAUUGUGGUCCUACACCAAGAAAUUAUCCAGUUUGCUAGAGACCAUUUCAACAAGCGUGAUAACAAACACGGCCCAGGAAGCAACUUUGGCAGGUGGAAUGGAAGGCAAAUUAGGAAUGCGUUCUUCAUAGCCUCUUCCCUGGCUCACUACGACAAUGUGGAUGAGGAUAAAGACAACACCAAUGACGAACUGGCUGACCCGAGCGUAAAGGUGCAAAAGCAACUGGGCAGAAAACACUUCGAGCUUGUUGCCGAGACCACGCUUUUGUACGACCAGUUCAGGGAGGCUGUUCAUUCUGGGAAGUCGGACGACCACGUUGCGCUCGAGAGAGAGGAGCGGGCAAACCCAUCUCAGAACAGAUCACGUACUCCAGAUCGAUUCAAAACACCAAGGCAGAGCCUCAGUUCGUAG